GGGGGCGGAGUACGCAGGUGACGGCGGGGCGGGUGGUAGAUCGCUGAGUGGCCAGGCUGCCUGACUGGCCGGCUUGGGCGUCUGGGCUGUGAAGGUGGGACCGCCGUUUGUGGGCGGCAAGUUCCCCUCUCCAGCCUCCCGCCGUUCGUAGCAAGUCCCCUAGAACCCGGGGAGCGCAGGCAGGACUGGCUUAGAGAAGACGCGGUCCCUAUCGCUUGGGCCACGGACGUGCCACCCCGCUCCUGUAUCGCUGGAGAACCGCCGGGCCGAGCCGCUGGGAGAAGCAGGCCAGAGCCUUCCAGGGCCUCCGGCCCGGGGACCCGAGGAGAAUGAGCUGGCUCUUUCCCCUGAGCAAGAGCGCCUCCUCGUCCGCAGCUGGGUCCCCCGGUGGCCUCACCAGCCUCCAGCAGCAGAAACAGCGCCUGAUCGAGUCCCUCCGGAACUCACACUCCAGUAUAGCCGAAAUACAGAAAGAUGUGGAAUACAGAUUGCCAUUCACCGUAAACAACCUGACAAUUAACAUUAAUAUAUUGCUUCCUCCACAAUUUCCUCAGGAAAAACCAGUGAUCAGUGUUUAUCCACCAAUACGACAUCACUUAAUGGAUAAACAAGGAGUGUAUGUUACCUCUCCAUUAGUAAACAAUUUUACCAUGCACUCAGAUCUUGGAAAAAUUAUUCAAAGUCUGUUGGAUGAGUUUUGGAAGAACCCUCCGGUUUUAGCUCCAACUUCAACAGCAUUUCCUUAUCUAUACAGUAACCCAAGUGGGAUGCCUCCUUAUGCUUCUCAGGGUUUUCCAUUUCUUCCUCCAUAUCCGCCACAAGAAGCAAACAGGAGUAUCACUUCUUUAUCUGUUGCUGAUACUGUUUCUUCUUCAACAACAAGUUAUACCACAGCCAAGCCUGCCGCUCCUUCAUUUGGUGUCCUUUCAAAUCUGCCAUUACCCAUUCCCACAAUGGAUGCUUCAAUACCGACAAGCCAAAAUGGUUUUGGUUACAAGAUGCCAGAUGUCCCUGAUGCAUUUCCAGAACUCUCAGAACUAAGUGUGACACAACUCACAGAUAUGAAUGAACAAGAGGAGGUAUUACUAGAACAGUUUCUGACUUUGCCUCAACUAAAACAAAUUAUUACUGACAAAGAUGACUUAGUAAAAAGUAUUGAGGAACUAGCAAGAAAAAAUCUCCUUUUGGAGCCCAGCUUGGAAGCCAAAAGGCAAGCUGUUUUAGAUAAGUAUGAAUUACUUACACAAAUGAAGUCUACUUUUGAAAAGAAGAUGCAAAGGCAGCAUGAACUUAGUGAGAGCUGUAGUGCAAGUGCCCUACAGGCAAGAUUGAAAGUAGCUGCACAUGAAGCUGAGGAAGAAUCUGAUAAUAUUGCAGAAGACUUCUUGGAGGGAAAGAUGGAAAUAGAUGAUUUUCUCAGUAGCUUCAUGGAAAAGAGAACAAUUUGCCACUGUAGAAGAGCCAAGGAAGAGAAACUUCAGCAGGCAAUAGCAAUGCACAGCCAAUUUCAUGCUCCACUAUAGAGCCUGCAUUUCCAAUCAAGACAGCCCACUUCCCUGGCUCCCAGCUCCAGCUCUCCAGGGCUUUCCCCAGAAGUGCAGACACUGCAUAGACGGCCAAGGCACAAGGCCAUGGUUUCUGCAUCCUCCGUCUUUUCCCAGUUCGCAGAGCCGGAAGUGGUAGACUACAGUGACAGAUUCCUAUCGGGGUCACUGCAAUCACAAGGAGCAGAAGCAGCAGACUAAGCUGCUUUUGCUUGAAAUGCAGAAUUUCUGCUCAUCAGCAUAUGGCUGGCUUGGCCACAUGAACAACUCUUCUCUAUUACACAAUCCGUCUCUUUAAUUUCCUGUCCACACGAGUAUAUAACUCUGUGGGUAUGUGUCUUGUCGUGUUUGCCGUACGUGUCGAAGUGUGUGUGGAGGUAUCAGGAGGUUACAUGCAUGUGUAUUGUGGUGGCUGCUGUUUAGAAAUGAGGGUCCCUUCGGAUGGCCAUUCAGCAAGGAUACAGUUUUUGAACCUGAUCUCCAUACAAGAAUGGUUGGUUAUUGCUUAAAAUGUAGGAUUGUCUUAUUCCUAAAUGGCCACGAAUGUGGAUCAAACUAACAUUAUGAGGAAGAAACAAAAACAUCCCUGUGCACUUUGACCUUAGAUGUUAACUCUCAUUGUAGAGUCCUGACUGCUAACCACCAAAUGACAAAGCCACCUCACAGUGAUGCUUACAAAAUAAGAGAAAGGUUCUUCAGUGUUUAAAAAGCCAUUGUAACAUGGUAUUCUUCCCAAAUUAUCACACCUAUGUAAAAAAAAACAUUUAAAAAUCAAGAAUAUCUUAUUCCCUUCUGGCAUCAAAAUACUUAACUGCAUUUGAAUGCUGUGCAUAAGGAAAUGGUUUACCUUCCAGCAUUUUCUGCAGACUGUUCCUCAUGACAUGGAUGUUCUCUAUCCCGAUAAACUGAAACUUGAUAUUGGAAUAAUUGUCUUCAUUCUCAUAGCCUUUCCCUGCAGCGCGAUUUGCCAUUGCAUUAAGCUGCAGUGGUCAGCAAAACAGAACAGUCAUCAAUUACAUUGAUGAAACAAUGAAGAAACAACCAAAACAUUUCAUGGAUACCCAAUCAAAGCAUUCAGAAUGAUGUGCGGAAACAUAAUAUGCUUAUUUGAAUCACUGCAACUGAACUACAUAGCUUCAGGCACUCCUGCUGAGCUUAUAUUCAACAGCAUGAAUUUGUCAGUGUUGGUCACAUUUUCUUAGCUGGAAAGCAGUCUACCGAUAAACUCUUCUGGAGAUGUCUCUUGCAGUCCCCGUCAGAGAUGCCAAACUGAAUGUGGAAUUCUGUGAUGGAACCACGUAGUCCAAUUUAAUACCACGUAUAACCCGUAGGUUGGCAGAAGAGUAUCAGCAGAAACAGCUGUCAGAGUAAGGCUCUAUACAUUGUUAUAUCCUCGUAUAUUAUAUGACCAAUAAACAUGUUAUCAAAUAGGAAUGACUGCAUCAUUCUGAUCGGCCCACAAGAUCCCUCAGAUGCCCAAUUAAACCUUGAGCAGGAAUCACUGAAUAAAAUGAAGAGAAGGAAUGCAACCACGUCUCCAGAGACAUUUCCACCAGCCACCUUAUUUAAAUCUACAGAUCUAUUGGGCUUUUUGAUCACUUUCGUUAUUACAGUUUUGCAUACAGGAAGGUGGGGUCUCCAAGUGCAAACUAGGUUAAAUCAUAGUAGUCUUAGAAGAAAUGUAUUAAAUGCAAACACUGUCCUAGCCCUGUGUGGCUAAAAUCAAGAAGGAGACAAGUCCUACUUUAGCUGGGAAAUACAUCGGUAUCUAGAAUGGGUACACAUUCUUGCUAUUUUAUUAAGCAGGUCAUCACAUCCUAGCAAACAGUACUCACUGACCAUUCUCCUGCACCCACCAAGGACAGGAGGGCUGUCACAGGCAGAGAACCUAAGCUAGGAACUCACCACCAGAAAAAAUAUCUGCUUUUGAAAGCACAAUGCACCAUAGUACUUUUUAAAAAGCCAAAAGAGCUAAGUUUAAAGUUAAAGAUACUUUUAUGUUCUUUGACACAGAUCUUCUAAACAUCUCACAAAAUUAAAAGAACCAGCACAUAAAAAUAGAUGCCCAAGAAUGUUUAUUGAAAAAAGCUGAAAACCCAUGACUAUGUCAAUAGGGCAAUGGCAGUAUACAUGAAGGUUUAUCAUGCCCUGGCCUGUGAGCAGUGACCAAGAAGGAGGGCACAGAUCACACGCAGACAGACAGAAGCUCUGAGGCUUACGAUGGGGUUAUGUCAUGAUGAGCCCAGUGUAAGUUGAAAAUGCCGUUAAGUCAAAAGUGCAUGGCAAACUGGGAGCUGCGCCCGCUGCUGCUGCCCAGCAUCACAAGAGAAGUACAGUUUCUGAAUGUCUGUUGCUUUUGCACCAUUGUAAAAAGUCAGAAAAUCAUGUAGGUCGAAUCAUUAAGUCAGGGACCCUCUGUGCAUAGACUUGGCACUGGCCCAUGACAACUGAAAAGAGUAAGCUACAGAAUAUUAUUCAUACAGUCACCCAUUUUUAUAAAACCAACUUACAAAUAAGUCUUUAAGUUUUUGCAUGCUUAUCAAACAGGAUAAAAAUGUAUAGAAAACGGUAGCAAUUUGGCAGCAAUUACAGCAGAAAGACAGCCUGGCAGGCAACGGGGGAAUGCCAUCAGUACUACUUUGGACGCCCCCGUAAUCUUUCAUUGAUACCGAGAGCAUAUAUGAAGUUUGUAAUUGAAAUAAUAGAAAAGAAGUGUAUUAGAAGUGAAAACAGCAGAGGACAAGCCGUUGCCAUAGGGGCCCAGGCUGGCAGAUACCUCACAUUUCAAUAGUAGCCCUGCUCCAUGACUUGGCUCAUGUGACAGCAGCUGGGGCACAUCAGCCCCUCAGGACACUGCUCCCAUCUACAAAAGGGCAUCAUCUUUCUCCCAGGCAUGCUGCGAGAACAAAGAGUCUGGCCUUAAUCAAGAAAAAAUAUUAAAAUAAUGCAUUUCAAGACAACUUACGUUCACACUUUAAAAAGUAAAAAUAUUUUGUAGGGAAAACUUUUCUAAAAUUACCUAUAGAUGUUGUUCUUCCAAAACUAUUAUAAAAUAUCACUGCUUUGUAUAAUUUUUCAAAAAUAUUGGUUUAUCUUUUGCAACAAGCAUCAUAAAUAGAAUUAAUAGGACACUUGCAAGUA